CAAGAACUUUAAAACCAAACGCAUUUCCUAUUCCUGACAAGUAUAUAGUUAAAACAACUUAUGGAAAAUCAAAAAUUACUAUAACUUGUUUUGUCGAAUAUAUAGCCAACAGACUGCAUUUUAAGAUUAUUUUUGGGUCUGAUCCUGAUGAUUUUGUAUGCUCAAAUUUAUCAGCUACUACUGUAGCAAAUGCUUAUAUAACGGUAUAUAAUGAAAAAAAAGCUAAAAAAGCUAGCCGAUUAUUAAAACCUUUUGAUAAUCUUAGUAAUAGGAUGCAAAUAAAUCGAGGAAAAAAUAUAGGUGUCAAUAUAUUUCAAGAUUUUGAAACACGUGCUCAACAGCAUUUUAAUAAAAUUGAUCAGCAACUUGCAGUUAUUAAAGCAAUGGAUAAAAAUUUGAUUUCCCGAGCAGCUUAUCGAUCUUUGGCCUGGAUUAAUCAAAAAUUAAGAUUAGAUAAAAAAAUGAUGAUAGAUAUACCAAUUCAGUUUAUUAAUUUAGAUUCAUUAUGUGAAAAUAACAAUAAUUCAAUAAUUGAUAUUGAUGAACAAGAAAUUAUUGAUGAAAUGAUAACUUCAAUCAGAAAAGAUCCAAUUAUACAUAUACGAAUCUCUGGUGAUGGUAGAAAUGUGGGACGAAAAAUUAAACAUGUUAUGAUUACUUUCGCAAUUCUUAAUGAUAAAAGCAAUAUUCAUUAUUCUGAUCAUCACUUUGUUUUACUUUUAUAUCCUGGUGAUGAAUCAUAUAAUAUUUUAAAAUCAGCUCUGUCAUUCUUAAUUACUGAAUUAAAAGAAAUUCAAAAUGGUUUUUUCGAUUUAGCUG